AUGCAAAACAGAGGGAAUAGACGAAGAAGAUUGAUUUUAGAAGAAGAAGAAGAAGAAGAAGAAGAGGAGAACGUUUGGAGUUGGAGUGAGUGAGUGGUGGAAAUGGAAGAAUAUCCGGAGGAAUUGAGGAGUCCACCGGUGAGUCUGGUGGCGGUGGUUGGGUGCGGAGAGCUCCACCAGGCGAUUACGACGCACCUCCACUCUCAGCAGCCUCCGAUCAACUCCCUUGCACUGCCCGACGUUUCCAAGAUCUCCUUUCUUAUAUCCCCUAAACCUAAAACCGAUUCAUCUUCUUCUGCUGCUGUUGGAAUUCUGAAGAGAGAUUGGCUGCAGAAGCACCGCACCAGGAUUCCCUCCGUCAUCGCCGCACUUUUCACCUCCGAUCGCAUCUCCGGUGAUCCAGCUCAGUGGCUUCAGCUCUGCUCCGAUCUCGAAGAGCUCAAAGCUUCGAUUCGUGCGAGGAACAUUAGAUUGGUGCUUGUUGUUGUGCAUUCUCAUUCCAAGGAUGACAUCACUGAAGAUCGAAUGCUAGCUUUACGAAAACGAGCUGAAGUUGAUUCCAAGUACAUUAUUACGUUUAGCCAAAAUGAUGCUUUUGAACUCAAACAGUCUCUUCACAGGUUGGGGAGCAUAUUUGCGGAACUAGCAAACACAUAUUACAAAGACGAAGGGCGAAAGAUUAAAACAAAAAUAGAGAAGAAGAGUUUUAGUUCAAUCGAGUUGAGCAUUCGCUAUUGCUUCAAGGUUGCUGUAUAUGCAGAGUUUCGAAGAGAUUGGGUUGAAGCUUUAAGGUUCUAUGAAGAUGCAUAUCAUGCACUACGCGAGAUGAUUGGGACAUCAACUAGAACUACAAUCCAGCGCUUGGUUGAGAUAAAGACUGUUGCAGAACAAUUGCAUUUCAAAAUAUCAACUUUGUUAUUGCAUGGUGGAAAGAUUCCUGAUGCAGUUACAUGGUUUCGCCAGCAUAAUACUUGGUACAAAAGGAUCAUAGGAUCACCAGAAGCUGUCUUUCUUCACUGGGAGUGGAUGAGUAGACAGUUUUUGGUAUUUGCUGAGUUGCUGGAGACAAGUUCUAUAGCCAUUCCUACUAUUUCAUCUGUAAUUGUAGGCACUGCUGAGAGACCUUUGACUGAGUGGGAAUUUCAUCCUGCUCAUUACUAUCAGUUAGCUGCUCACUACUUAAAGGAGAAGAGAUCUUCCUUAGAAUUUGCUGUGUCAAUGUCUGAAAGUCUUGGUGAGGUUGACUCUAGUGCUGAAUCUGUGGUACCUUCAACAUAUGUGGGUCAGUUUGCUCGAUUAGUUGAGCAAGGGAAUGCACAUGUUAUGCAACCUCUUACUGAUGAUGAGUAUACACGUUAUGCAGUUGCUGAAGGUAAAAGGUUUCAGGAUUCCUUUGAAAUUAUUGCUCUGCUCAAAAAGUCAUAUGAAUCGUACAGUAAUCUUAAAGUCCAUAGAAUGGGCUCUUUUUGUGGGUUCCAGAUGGCCAAAGAAUAUUAUGGUGUGGGAGAUUUUAGCAAUGCAAAACCACUCUUUGAUGGUAUUGCAAGUUUAUACAGACAAGAAGGGUGGGUGACUUUGUUGUGGGAGGUAUUGGGUUACCUCCGAGAAUGCUCAAGGAAACAAGGUAUGGUAAAAGAUUUCAUAGAGUACUCACUUGAAAUGGCUGCGCUGCCUGUAUCAUCCAAAACUGGUGACCAGCUUUUCGGAUUUAAAGAAUGUGGUCCAGCUGGCCCUGUUAGUCUCCAACAAAGAAAACUAAUACACAAUGAAGUUUUUGGGUUUAUUUGUGGAGAACUGGAGUUGGCAUCGUCUGACGAGAGUGCAAAUCUCAAAGUUACUGUAGAUAAUCCACUUCACCUUGAGAUUGAUGUUGUCAGUCCUCUCAGAUUAGUUCUUCUUGCUUCUGUUGCUUUCCACGAACAUAUAGUCAAGCCUGGUUCAUCCACAUCAAUUACACUAUCGCUUCUAUCACAACUACCCCAUACGGUUGAGAUUGACCAGUUAGAAGUCCAGUUCAAUCAGUCUGAUUGCAACUUCAUCAUUGUGAAUUCCCAUAGACAUUCAGGUGCCUUAGUCGAUGGUCACCAGGGUCACCGUGUAGAGACUGCUUCUUCUUUGUCAUUGUCUACAAAUAGAUGGCUACGGCUGACAUAUGAUGUCAAAUCUGAUGAAAGUGGAAAGCUGGAAUGUAUAUCUGUUAUUGCCAAACUGGCACCCCACUUCACAAUCUGUUGCAGAGCUGAAAGUCCUGCUUCGAUGGAUGAGCUGCCUCUCUGGAAGUUUGAAGACCGUGUGGAGACUUAUCCAACCAAGGAUCCUGCUUUGGCAUUCUCUGGCCAGAGGGCUAUACAGGUUGAAGAACCAGAGUCACAAGUCGAUUUAAAUUUAGGUCUUUCUGGUCCUGCAUUUGUUGGUGAGAGCUUUUUAGUCCCUGUUACUCUGGCCUCCAAGGGACAUGCUGUUUAUUCUGGUGAGUUGAAGAUUAAUCUGGUGGAUGUGAGGGGUGGUGGCUUGAUCAGUCCUAGUGAUACUGAACCCUUCUCUAUGGAUACUCAUCAUGUUCAACUUCUCGGUAUUUCUGAACCUGAAGGGGAAGAUGAAUCUCAACAGGACACGGACAAAAUCAAGAAAAUACAAGAAUCUUUUGGAUUGGUUUCAGUUCCAUUUCUGAAAUGUGGAGAAUCAUGGUCAUGCAAACUGGAAAUCAAGUGGCAUAGGCCCAAACCAGUUAUGCUCUAUGUGUCACUUCGUUAUAGUCCGGAUAGCAAUGAAUCAACUGCUCAGAAAGUUAAUAUCCACAAGAGCUUGCAAAUUGAUGGAAAGACUGCAAUCAUGAUCAGCCAUCGUUUAUUGCUGCCAUUCCGGCAGGACCCAUUAUUACCCUCGAGGAUUAAACCAGUUAAUGAUACUGAUCAGUCACCAUCACUCCCUUCGAAUGAAACAAGUAUACUCAUCAUUAGUGCUAAGAACUGUACUGACGUGCCAUUGCGGUUUCAAUCCAUGUCUCUUGAAGUAGAUGGUGAUGACUUUGGAAAUUCAUGUUCUGUGCAACAUGGUGGUGAAGACCUUUCAGACCCUGCCCUUGUUGUUCCAGGUGAAGAGUUUAAAAAGGUUUUCAGCAUUAUUCCAAAGACAAAUUCUUCAAAGAUUGGGUUAGGGAAUGUAUGUCUAAGGUGGAGGAGAGAUUCUGGGCUUGAUGAGCAAUCUGGCACCACAGUAAAUUCAGUUUUGACUAAACAGAAACUUCCCGAUGUGAAUCUGGAGGUAUCGCCUUUGGUACUGAGAUUGGAUUGUCCUCCUUAUGCAAUUCUUGGAGAACCCUUUACAUAUUUUAUUGAAAUUCAGAACCAGACACAGUUGCUUCAAGAAGUUAAGUUCUCGUUGGCAGAUGCACAAAGCUUUGUAAUGUCUGGGUCACAUAACGACACUGUCUUUGUUCUUCCAAAGUCGGUGCACGUCCUCAGUUACAAACUGGUGCCACUUGCUUCAGGAGUGCAACAGUUACCUAGAUUUACUUUGACCUCCGUGAGAUACUCAGCUGGGUUUCAACCAUCAAUUGCAGCUUCAACUCUUUUUGUGUUUCCCUCAAAGCCUCAUUUCAAGAUGAUUGAUGUGCAGGACAAAAGGAUAAAGUCCCUUGCAACUGAAUAAAAGGUACAUAUAUUCUAUGAUAUAAUAUUUUUGGAAAAGUUUGGUAACUGUAGGUCGAAUAGAAUGAAUUUAAAGACAGUUGAGUACGGUUGUUGUGCAAUUUCUUCAUUAAAGUUCAUGUAUACCACUAUAUUGAUAUGUAGUUGCAAAAUUAUUUAGAAAACAAGAGAUUUAAAUUA